AAUUAAAUUGCGUGCUAUCUGGGUAGGGAUGGAAUAAGAAAGAGAGACGAGAAGGGAAUCGGGGAAAGUGUUCAAAGAUCACAAGCUCAUGAAUGGAAAUUUUAUAAACAUGACCUUGAUCUUUCGAAUUAUCGGAAUGCUUCAAUUUUAUUUUUAAGAUGUUUAUCUUGCGAAAAGUGUUUUAUUCUCAAAGAUUCUCCGAAAUUAAGAGACGUGCUCACUUUCUCGCGCAAUAUAUUUUUAUCAGCCUUUUUAAAUGAUUUAAUCACAGAUGAUAGUCCAAACAGAAGUACGAUCACGUCUCAAUCACUCGACUGAAGUGUCAGUGACAUUCGAUAAAUUCUCGUUUGUAAAGUAUCAGGAAUUUUCCUCGAGCCUCUCUCUCUCUCUUUCUUUCUCUCUCUUUCUCUCUGAAAUUCCCUCCCUCCUUUUCGAAAUGUUCGAACGCCUAUUGGCACUUUGACGCAAACGCGACUCGCGUUCGAUAAAGGUGCACGUGAUCGGCGACUAAAGAGUGCUGGUGAACGCUUCUAUUUUGGUGAUAUCGUCGCCGGCAGCGGUAACAUUGCCAAAAAGUGAAUUUGCAUCGGUCAGAGAAGACGCUGCAGUUUCUUCGAGCGAAACACGUGUCUAGUGAUUUAGGUCGUCCGGCUGCUCGCAUCGUCUGUUUAAUCGUUUUGUAGGCUCGCGGAAUCACGAAUACACCUACAUGACGUGAAUCUAGUAACACCGCGAGAAAUGCCAAACGUAAUUAGCUCUCGUCUGUGUGGCUUAAGAUUCGAUUAAUUGAAUGACAUUACUUUACUCUCCUUUCCGAUUGAAACAAUCAUACAUGGUCGGUACGUUGAGAAAAACCCUCUGACGAAUUACGACAGCAAUUACGAUGGAAAUGAACAAUACUUCGAUUUCUGUGAUCACGCCAAAGAAGAACUCUAUUCACGGCGACGAAACAACUUUUAAGCAGCCACUUGGAAAUAGUGGGACGUAUGGAGCAUUCCAAUCGAAGGAUCCCAUUCUGGCGACUGAAAAGGGUUGCGAUGUCAAAGGUGGAAGCAACGAGCACGGUAUCUCCGUGCAUCAUCCCACGUCGUACCUGGAAACCAUGAUGCAUCUGUUCAAGGGUAACGUCGGUUCAGGGAUCUUUGCGUUGGGAGAUGCUUUCAAGAACGCCGGAUUGCUGCUGGCACCCCCGCUGACGAUCUUCCUUGGUAUCAUCUGCGUGCACGCUCAACACAUUCUCAUUAAAUGCAACGAAGAAGUAACGCGUCGCGUUGGCGAUGGCACCAACACGAGUGGAUUUGCCGGAACCGUGGAGAUGUGCUUUGCCACUGGUCCCAUUGGAUUUCGUAAAUAUUCGACUCUCAUGAGAAAAUUGGUUAAUGUGUUUUUGUGUAUCACGCAACUCGGAUUCUGCAGCGUAUAUUUCGUUUUCAUUUCCACGAACAUGAAGCAGGUACUGGACGCCCACGGGAUCGAGAUGGACGUUCACGAACACAUGGCCGUGGUGUUGAUUCCUAUAAUGCUCAGCACCUGGAUCAGAAAUCUCAAGUAUUUGGUACCAGUGUCCUCGAUAGCGAAUUUUCUAAUGAUCGCUGGUUACAUCGCCACCAUGUACAUCAUGAGCCACGACGUGCCGUCCAUAUACGAGAGGAGAUAUGUCGCGGAUUGGAACAAUCUACCUCUGUUCUUCGGUACUGUGAUAUAUUCCUUCGAGGGUAUUACUCUAGUACUGCCACUAAAGAAUGAAAUGAGGAAACCUAGCAACUUUAACAAGUCGCUAGGUGUUCUCAAUGUCGGUAUGGUGAUAGUCGGUUCUAUGUUCGUCGCAAUGGGUUUUCUGUCUUAUCUAAAGUACGGUGACGACGUUGCUGGUUCGGUCACGCUCAAUCUUGCACAAAAGGAGAUGGUGGACGGGAUUGUCAUCUACAAUCAAUUAAGCUUACCGCAAUGCAUCAAGACCGCCAUCUCUUUGAGCAUAUUGCUUACCUACGCCUUGCAGUUUUACGUCCCGAUCGCCAUAAUAUGGCCCGGCAUCGUUGACAAAUUCGGUCCAUUUAAAUGGCCAGUGUUGUCGGAGAUUAUUUUCCGUUCCGUCAUGUGCUUUAUCACAUUUAUUCUGGCGGAGGCGAUACCAAAAUUGGGUCUCUUCAUAUCCCUGGUCGGCGCGGUCAGUAGCACCGCCCUCGCGCUCGUGUUUCCGCCGAUCAUCGAGAUGAUUGUCUGCUGGCACAACACUAAUCUUGGUUUUUGCACAAUCGCAAAGGACGUUAUGAUAGUGCUGAUCGGCGUGUUGGGCUUCGCCACCGGGACGUAUGAGAGCAUGACGGCGAUCAUUAAUUCGUUCAGCAACUGAAUUGAACGCGCUUCGGACGCUCUGUACAAAUUAUUCUUAAUUUCUCUCUCGUGAACGCGCGCGCGCGCGAGUUUAAUGGACCAUGACACCUACGGUAUUUCCGCGCGCGGAUCGUGAAACUCGCGCACACUUCCAAAUUUUGCAUGCUAGUAGAUGUUGGCCGCGCCACACUCGCUGUCGACAUUAACCAUUUUAACCUGACGAUAAUAAUUUAUGUGUGAUAUAUCGAUAGAUAUAGCUGAUAAGAUAGAGUCAACGUAGGUUGUGGACACCAGUGAUUGUUAAUAAUCCUUAGAGAAAUUUAAUACUGGCAAUAUUUAUUUGCUUAGUGGUUAUUUAUACAGAUAUUCCACUACACUAACAUUUACCUCGUCUUACGAAUUUUUGAAUUUAUGACCAGCGUGUUAUUGACUAAAGAUAAAUUUAUGAAUUAUAAGGAAGUUGUUUAAGUACUCGAUCUGGGGUGUAAUUCAAAUUAAAUAAAAAUUUUAUUUGCUUUAAUAGCAAAUGUUGAGAGUUAUACUUUAAAAAAAUUUGUUUUUUAAUCACUUGUCAAAAUUAAUCUGUUUGAAUUAAAUAUUAACUUUAUAGUAACAAAUGUUAUAUUAAGGAUUAUAAUCUUACAAAGUUUCUGUUUUGUUAUUUUCUCAGUAGAAUUUUAUAAUUGUUUGCAAUAAUGAAAUAAAUAUUUUGCGUAAAUAAUGUUUUAUUUAUGUGAAAUAUAAAUGCUAUUCGAUUUAAGAUUAAUUCAGUUAAAAUCUCAGAACGUAAUCCCGUCGAUACCUGUACUUUCUUUGAGUAUUAAAAGCAUUAACACUGGUGUUUUUAAUAUUUUAUAAUAAGUAAUUAAACAUUCUCCAAAUAUUGACAGUAUUAAAUUUCUUCAAGGGAAUAAUUGUUCAGACAAUGCAAGUCCUUUGAAAGCGUUGUUUGUAUCGUGCUUUAUUUGUUCAAUGAAUUUACACGAGUUAAUUUAGGCUUUCAUUUGUAAUAAUGAAUUGAAGUACAACGCAGUAAUCUAUAUGACGUAAAACGUAAGAAAAGUAAAUAAAAAUAGACCCUUUAGCGAUUAUGCACACAGAUCUUGCAGCAGUGAUGCAGAUAGAUAAAUACUCGAUAUUUUCGACUGGUACUCAUUCUUUUAAAUCCAAGGAUUUGACUUAGCAAAUUGUUCUUGCUUUAAUUCCCUAGAAAUAGAACACGGAUUGUUAACUAAUCAAACUAGUCGAUCGUAAUAUCUAGUACUACGAUAGACUACUAAUUGAAAUAGUAAUUAUGGAUAAGGAAAAAACAUCCAUGUGCUAAUUACCGUUAAAUUUUUCAUAAAAAUAGAAAUCUGGUUUUAGAAAACUACUUGACAUUUUUAGCACAUUAAUUAAUUCUAAGAACAGCAAAAUAGUAAAAAGUAAUCGAUAUUGCAUGUUACUGCAAAAAAAUUCCACGUCUCGAAUAUCAAAAAAUUGUACUGUCUGUUAUGCGACAGAUAAAAACUAUUCGUGACGAAGACAUAGUUUGUCUAAAUGGUUUUGUUUGUAGUUGCAAUUGAGCGUUGUAAUAGCGGCGUUAACUGUACGUUAUAUUUAUUUAUAUGCCUUAGAGUUAGUUUUACCAACAUCAAUUACUUUAAAACCUCUUUUCUUUGUUAUAAAUUUAAAGAGAAAGAGAAUAAAAGAGAGUAGAUCGGUUAAACUAAUAUAGGUGAAGCUAACUCUUGACAUGAAUGAUAUUUCUAAGGGACAGCAUGUGAACAAAAAAAGCCGAACAAUCUUUAAUUGUAUAUUGUAUAUCGUAAUCUUACUUUAUUGUUAAACUUUUUAUAUACUCGUAGCGGCGCUUAUGAUACGAAACAUAAUGAACAGCAAACACAAUAUUUAAAAAAAAAAAUGAAUCAUCGACUACGUACAAUUUCGAUACCCUAUAUCAACUGAUGUAAUUAAUUCCCCCAUACUGAUAUCGAAGAUUCGGCGAGGAUCCUUCGUAAAUUUCCAAAUCCCGUCAACGUGUUAAACAUACAGUUAAUUUAUUGUAAAUUAACUGUGCUGAUAAAGAAAACACACGUCAACUGCUGACGUCGCGAAACGUUUCUCAUAGGAAAAUCCAGAUCUCUCAAUCGGAAUUGAAACGGUUUUCCAUCUCUACGUAAGUAGCGUCUAUUGCAGUAUUAAAGUUGGAACGAAGAAAAUACUCAUUAACGAUAAGACGCUGUGAAUAUUAAUUCACAAUAUGAGCGGUACAACGUUACUGUGCCCCGUAUUACCGAAGUACAAAACCCACUCAGGGAAAACUUAUAUUAACGUACGUAUAUAUCUUCUUUCUUUAAUAUAUUUAACAGCAGCGUGUAAGACGAUUAUCUCAGCGAGAUGCUGAGGCUGAUGGAGGACAAAGAGAUAUCAAUAAACAUGUGGCACAACGAA